AUGGACUACUCCUACCUCAAUUCGUACGACUCGUGCGUGGCGGCCAUGGAGGCGUCCGCCUACGGCGACUUCGGCGCCUGCAGCCAGCCUGGCGGCUUCCAAUACAGCCCCUUGCGACCCGCCUUCCCCGCAGCCGGGCCGCCUUGCCCCGCGCUCGGCUCCUCCAACUGCGCGCUUGGCGCCCUUCGUGACCACCAGCCCGCGCCCUACUCGGCAGUGCCCUACAAGUUUUUCCCGGAGCCGUCUGGCCUGCACGAGAAGCGCAAGCAGCGGCGCAUCCGCACCACGUUCACCAGCGCUCAGCUCAAGGAGCUGGAGCGCGUCUUCGCGGAGACCCACUAUCCCGACAUAUACACGCGGGAGGAGUUGGCGCUCAAGAUCGACCUCACCGAGGCUCGCGUGCAGGUCUGGUUCCAGAACCGCCGGGCCAAGUUCCGCAAACAGGAGCGCGCGGCCAGCGCCAAGGGCGCGGCGGGCACGGCAGGAGCCAAAAAGGGUGAGGCGCGCUGCUCGUCCGAGGACGACGACUCCAAGGAGUCCACGUGCAGCCCCACGCCCGACAGCACCGCGUCACUGCCGCCGCCGCCGCCGCCACCGCCGCCCGCACCCAGCCUGGCCAGCCCGCGUCUGAGCCCCAGUCCGCUGCCCGCCGCCCUGGGCUCUGGGCCGGGGCCUGGGCCCGGGCCGCAGCCGCUCAAGGGCGCGCUAUGGGCCGGCGUGGCAGGCGGCGGGGGCGGAGGUGGCGGUGGCCCGGGCGCGGGAGCAGCCGAGCUGCUGAAGGCCUGGCAGCCGGCGGAACCCGGGCCGGGACCCUUCUCGGGAGUUCUGUCCUCCUUUCACCGGAAACCCGGCCCUGCCCUCAAGACCAACCUCUUCUAG